AUGGAGACCAGCGACGACAAAUCUCCAGAGCAGAACCUUGUGGAAGAGGCUGUUUUGAGUGGCUCCAUGGCACAGGAAUCCAGUGGGGAAGAAAAUUCCCUGAGAUACUGCAGGAGGAGGGGCUCCAAAUCCAGCCCAGGUGAGGAGGAAAGACCCACCCUGUGCCAGGAAGGUGGACAGAGCUUCAGGCAGGGAUCAGAGCUGGUGAUCCAUGAGCAGCUUCAUGAUGGGGAGAAGCCCUACAAGUGCUUGGAGUGUGGGAAGAGCUUCAGGUGGAGCAGCCACCUGAUCAGCCACCAGAUGAUCCACACUGGGGAAUGGGCCUACGAGUGUGGAGAGUGUGGGAAGGGCUUCAGCUACAGAUCCACCCUUGUGACCCACCAACGCAUCCACACCGGGGAGAGGCUCUAUGAAUGUCUUGAGUGUCAGAAGAGAUUUCAGACCCGCUACAAUCUCCUCAGGCACCAAAGGAUUCACACUGAUGAGAGGCCCUUCCUCUGCCCUGACUGCGGGAAGCACUUCAAGCAGAAUUCCCACCUCGUCACCCACCAGAGCAUCCACACUGAUGAGAGGUCCUUCCUCUGCCCUGACUGCGGGAAGGGCUUCAAGCAGACUUCCCACCUCGUCACCCACCGGCGCAUCCACACUGGGGAGAGGCCCUACGAGUGUCCCCAGUGUGGACAGAGCUUCAGCCAGGGAUCAGAGCUGGUGAUCCAUGAGCAGCUUCAUGAUGGGGAGAAGCCCUACAAGUGCUUGGAGUGUGGGAAGAGCUUCAGGCAGAGCAGCACCCUGAUCAGCCACCAGAUGAUCCACACUGGGGAAUGGGCCUAUGAGUGUGGGGAAUGUGGGAAGGGCUUCAGCUGCAGCUCAAAACUUGUCAGGCAUCAACGCAUCCACACUGGGGAGAGGCCCUACGAGUGUCCUGAGUGCCAGAAGAGGUUUCACACCAGCUCAAAUCUCCUCUGCCACCAGCGGAUUCACACAGAUGAGAGGCCCUUCCACUGUUCUGACUGUGGGAAGAGCUUCAAGUACAACUCCUACCUCAUGAAGCACCAGCGCAUCCACACUGGGGAGAGGCCCUACGAGUGUCCCCAGUGUGGGAAGAGGUUUCACAUGAGCUCCAAUCUCCUCCAGCACCAGCAGAUUCACACAGAUGAGAGGCCCUUCCGCUGCCCUGACUGCGGGAAGGGCUUCAACUGCAACUCCCACCUUGUCACCCACCAGCGUAUCCACACUGGGGAGAGGCCCUACGAGUGUCCCCAAUGUGGGAAG